AGUGUCCGCCCCCGAAAAGCGUCCCGCGCAGAUAGUGGAAAAGGAAGCAGUGCCAUAGACAAAACAAUCACAUUUCCCCAAGAAAGUCACGUUCCAGGGCAAGGAGUACUGCUUCAUCUCACGUCUUUGUUACACUACCUCUACUUGACACCCUGCUUCCAAAAUGCCUCGGAUUGAGAAUGACAUCAAGCUGGACUUCAAGGAUGUGCUUCUUCGUCCAAAGCGAAGCACACUGAAGUCCCGGAGUGAGGUGGACUUGAUGAGGAGCUUCGCCUUUAGGAACUCCAAGGGCAGCUACAGAGGGAUCCCCAUCAUUGCUGCUAACAUGGACACUGUGGGGACCUUUGAGAUGGCACUGGCUUUGCACCAGUUCUCUCUCUUCACCACGGUUCACAAGCAUUACGAUGUGGAUGACUGGUUGGAGUUUGCAGCAAAGCAUCCUGAAUGCCUGGAGAGUGUCGCCCUCAGCACAGGCACCGGUGACAGCGACUUUGAGAAGAUUUCAGCCGUCUUGGCUGCAGUGCCACAGCUGCACUACAUCUGUGUCGAUGUGGCAAAUGGCUACUCUGAACACUUUGUUCACUUCGUCAAAGACGUCAGGCAGAAGUUCCCCUCACACACUAUAAUGGCAGGAAAUGUGGUGACAGGAGAAAUGGUGGAAGAGCUCAUCCUGGCUGGUGCUGACAUCAUCAAAGUAGGCAUCGGACCAGGCUCUGUGUGUACCACCCGCAAGAAGACAGGGGUGGGGUACCCCCAGCUUAGUGCUGUGAUCGAAUGUGCAGAUGCAGCCCAUGGCUUGGGUGGCCAUAUCAUCUCUGACGGGGGAUGUACUUGCCCAGGAGAUGUCUCAAAAGCAUUCGGUGCUGGAGCAGACUUUGUGAUGCUGGGUGGUAUGCUGGCUGGACACGCCGAGAGUGGGGGCGAGAUCAUUGAGAAAAAUGGCAAGAAGUACAAGUUGUUCUAUGGAAUGAGUUCCGACAUGGCGAUGAAGAAACAUGCAGGAGGUGUCGCUGAGUACAGAGCAUCUGAGGGGAAGACAGUGGAAGUUCGCUACAAAGGUCCGGUGGAAGACACAAUACGAGACAUUCUGGGUGGGGUCCGCUCCACCUGCACUUACGUUGGAGCAGGCAAGCUGAAGGAGCUGAGUCGUAGGACCACCUUCAUCAGGGUCACCCAGCAGCUCAACACCGUCUUUGGCAGUGACAACUGAAUGUUGAGCUUGACUGAAGGAAACGUCCGCAACGCUGCUUGUCUGCCUCCACAUGCUGUUUGUGCACUGACCACGAGUAAACACAAACAAACAUAUAUCAAUAGUAAAUAAUGCCAUUUUAUAUUUAUUAAGCUGAGGUUCUUCUAGUUGGAUUUUCAGUAUAUUGAGCAAAACAGAUUUUGAGUUACAUUAAACUGUAAUGUUGAUUUUUUCAUACAAGACAGUGUUUCAGGGGCCAAAGUCUCUACACAGUGAGAUGUUUGUUAAAGCAGUAACUACUUCUUCAUCAUUUCAGUGUGCUGAGAUCAGAUUCUAAGCCUUUAACCCACAUAGAAAAUUAAACCAAAUGUCUUAAACUAUUUAGAAAGUUAUAAUAUUUCUGCAACUGCUGUGUCUAAUUAGGGAAUUGAACUGUUUUUAGAAAUGUUAUCAUUCCAUCACUCAAUAAGUUUUGCACUUUGGUGAUUUAAGAUUUGUCUAAUAUUUAGUUUCCAUUAUUGUCUCAUGGAAAUAUUCCAGCACCUAUUACUGCACAGGUAUUUAACAUAGUUAUGCUUUUAUAUAGUAAAUAGGUGAAUUAAUUUGGAAGAAUUUAUAUAUGGACCAUUGUAUUCUGAAUUUUAAUAUGCACAGUAUAUAAAUGUUUUUCUCCUCUGGUUCUAGCUGCUCCUUGUCAUUACCAAAGAUUGUGUGGGUGUAUUUUAGUGACUUCCAAAUUGAUUUAUGAUUCAUGAAACCAGUAAAGUAAGUGGGCAUUCCUUAAAAUUAGCAUGGGAAGUUUGGCAGCAUCAGUAUUUUGGAUUUUGUUUCAUCUCACACAGUGUCUGUACUUACAUUUCAAACUGUUCAUACAGGAUUAGUGAUGUUUCACUUUAUUAUUGUCAAACUGGUGUGAAAAUUAUGGUUUUAUUUUAGCAAAAGAAAAAUGCACUUUUUAAUUCAGUUCAUUUCAUGUUAUAUUUAAUUCAAUCAAUAAAAACAUACCACAUCUUAA